AUGUAUGACGUUAGUGAUUUCAUGUUUUGUAUUAACAUUCAUCGAUAUAAAUGUUUCUAAAGUUAUCUCAUGCAGUAUCGUGUAAAAAAAAUAUUAAGAAAGUUGGCCGACCAUUCUUGGCAAAUGUCCGACCAACUAACCAGUUGAUCGGACAUUUGUCCGACCAAAGCGAAAUCGUUAUAAUCCACACUGAUCAAUUGAUUUCUCAAUGGCUUAAGAAGUCCAACACAAAAGCAGACUUUUAUCUGGGAUCCAAGAUUGAAGAUAUAAGCAAGGAACUGUUAUCAAUCACACCAACAUGUGAGAUUACACGGACACCCAGAAGCCUAGAAGAUAUCAAAGACUGGAAAGGUAACGAUGAUUCCUAUUAUUUUAGUCGCUGCAUGUAUGAGUGAGCAGUUUCAGACAACCGUUGACGUUCAUACUAACUAUGUAAUAAAUUUGCACAUACAGACUCGAUUUUCUUGAACGAAAAACGUUGUGUUAUUUCAAAGAGCACGUAAGAAGUAAUUAUUGUAUCCAGGCAAUAAUAUAUACAGUAUAUGUAUAUAAUUUGUUGUUUUUGAAUAAUUAAUUGUAGCUUCAGAAAAACGUGCAUUCUUGCUAUUUUAUGCUGUGCCACUGCUGAGGAAUCGUUUGCCUCCUGACCACCUUGUCUUCCUAAUGUAUUUGUGUGGAGGGUUAUUCCGAUUGCUGAAGAAGUCAAUUUCUCGUGAAGAUUUACAAGAGGCGCAUACCUACUUGAAGUUGUUUGUCGCACAGGCACCUGUUCUUUAUGGUAUGUAAAAAUAAGUGUUCUCACUGGUUUGGAACAUGAAUAUUUACGAACAUACAAUUUUGUCGUGUGCGCGCUUGCUUACUCCAAAGUCUCUCAACAGAACACCUGCAACGCGGGCUUAUUAUUUUUAUGUAGUCGGUUUUCUUUAAUGUGUGGUAUAUGCAGUAUCUACAGUACAAUACAUAUCUUAGUAUAUGAAUACCAAUAAUAUAAAACAUUAAAUCAAAUCUCAAAUAUUUUUGUUUUAGAAUUACAAAACGGCCAUAAAAACCAUUGUUAGAAUACCUCUUCAAUAACAAAUAUGCCUUUUCCGGGUUUGAGUUUUCAUAAAAGUGAAAACAAUGUGAAUGAAUCCUCAUAAUUCCCUUUAGGAAAAUUCGCAAGUGAGGCAAACAUGGCGAAAAAAUACAUUUUACUGUAUAUAUUUAUCAUUUCUUUUUCAGGGAAGCAAUUUCAGACAUUCAACGUGCACCAGCUUCUACAUUUGUCAGAGGUUGUUGAAGAUCUCGAUCCUUUGUGGUCGAACUCGUGUUUUCCUUUUGAAGACUAUAAUGGUGAUCUGCGAGAUUUGUUUCAUGGCACACAAAAUGUGGAUGGCCAGGUCAGUAUAUCUACAGUAUGCAUGUUACAGCGUGCUGUACAGUGGCAUUCGCUCCAAAAGUCGAAGAAACCAGCGUGACCAGGGUCUCUCCCUGGGUACGAGGUUGAUUGGAGACUCGUGAUUUGUCAGCUGCAUGCAUAAGCGUAUGAUAAAGUGCAUUAUAGUGUGCAAUCACUGUGUUUAGUCAAUUAGUCAUUAAAUUUUCUCGAAUUAUUAUUUUUUAUAGAUCGUAACAGCUGUGUCGAUCAUUCAAAAGUUACCUGAAAUUGCAAGAUCAACUACUACUUCUCCCAGCGUUACGGCAUUUUACGAGCAUUUGACAAGAAAGGGACAACAAGUGUUUUCGUCUCAGAAUCAGAGAUGGGCAAAAGUGUUUCUGUGA